AUGACGCAGAGAGCAUCGGGAAGUGAAUUAAUAGAAAAUAUGCGUGAACGUUUUCAUUAUUUCAAAUCAACCUCAAUUUUAUAAAUGCACAAGAUGUAUAUGCGGUGGAGAUCAUUUUUGAUUUACACAGCGGAAACCGAAGAAUGAUUUAUCAGAAACUAAAAGGAGGUUCAUGUGCACAGAUACUAAAUUGUUAGGUGACAAUAUGCCAGUGCGGGUGUAUUCAAUAAAAAAGAAGAAAUGGAGAAGAUUACUACACCACUAUUUCAAACUCUUUUCUAAUUUUUGGAUAUUUGUGGAGACGUAGAGAAUCUUCGAUCUCUUGUGAAAACAGGUGCCAAAAUAUCAAACAGUUCCGAUUGACAGCCAAAAAGACCUCUCCACAUUGUAGAUCGGAACGAGUCUUGGAACGAGUAUAUUUAUUUCAGCUAAUGCAUUCUUUCGAUUCAAUGCGCAAUAGGACCUGUCGGCUCUGGAAAAAAACACGAGUGAGCAACUACUGCCGAUAAGGCCAGGUUACGGCAAGUGAGAAUUGCUCUAUAACUAAACAAAAAUACGAAAGACUCACAUCGUGACUAAUACAGUCUACACACAGUACAUUCAUAUUAUCAUAGAAAGAAAACGGUAGACGAUGCCAUCUGAGUUACAUUUUUCCACUAACUGUAGGUUUUACUUCUGGUUUCGUGCGGAAUAAUCUUAUCCAACCGCAACCUUCAAUAAAUCACCUGAUAGGAUAUGUAGCUCUGACCGUCAGCAUCUGUGAAAAAAAGUCUGCUAAAAUUAACGAAAGAAAGUGGAAAAGAAGGAUAAGAACUUUUCCAUCUUUUCUGGUUCUUUCAAAAAAAAAUCGCGAUCGCAUAGUUCCCUGUUUAGCGGUUCUUUAAACGGUGAUAAGAUUCGCAAACAAAAUAAAAACUGAGAUUAGUUCUUUUCGCAACGUCAUUUUGAACCUUCGCUUAUCACCUGAUAGUUUAUUACCCUAUGAGCGUCUUCUAGAUAGACCAUUGCCAUCUAUUCAUGUUAUCAACAAAUACCGCGAUAGUGAGUCGCAAUUUGUGUUUGGGGGGAUCUAAAACAGCCUCGCGCUUUCUGAUCCGUUCCGUUAUGUCACGAUGGCACUGCUUUCCAUCAUCCACACGAAUCAAACAGCAAACAAACUGAUAAUAAUAUUCGACAAGUCAGUCAAGCUAGAUUGCAGCUCUUGCAGAUCUUUAAGAUCUGGGAACGGUGCAACGCGAGAUGCCAGUUCGCGCGAUCCACUCGUCAGUUACGGUCCCACGCCGGACCAACUCAUUUUAAUCGGUUAAAGACAGUUAUUUCGCAAUGGCACCUUCUUCAGUCAGUAUGGUGUUUACGGUCGAACCGGUCAACGGUCAAAAGUCGCAGAAGCGAUGCCACACGUACGACGAAGCGCUGGAGCUGGUCGGAUUCGGGCGGGCGCAGAUUUUCCUGAUCAUUCUGUCCGGAUUCUCCAUCAUGGCUUCCAUCAACGAAGCCAUGGGAAUGAGUAUCAUCCUGCCGGCCAGCCAGUGCGAUCUGGCGCUGGAUGCUGGACAAAAAGGAAUGAUCGGUGGGGCGGUGUUUCUAGGAGUUAUGGCAGCGUCGUAUUUCUGGGGUUACCAGGCGGAUACCAGAGGACGACAACUAGUGCUGAAGUAUGCGUUGAUAGCCACCUCGAUAUGCUCGCUUGGUUCAAGUUUUACAAACGACUAUGUUUCGUUGCUAGUGAUGCGGUUGAUCACGGGUUUGUGUGUCGCAGCACCUUCCGCAACGGUUUAUGCCUAUCUGGGAGAAUUCUGCACCCCGCGCAGACGGGUUCAAAUGAUUUCAUACGCUUCGGUGAUGCCUUUCAUCGGAAUAAUCUACGUUGCGUUCAUUGGUUGGAUAACCCUUUCCUAUGAGUGGAGUUACACCAUCACGGAUACAAUGGCCUACAAACCCUGGCGAUUGCUGUUUAUUUUGUACACGAUUCCAGGACUUUUGGCUGGAAUUUUAUUCUUCUUUUUCCCUGAAAGUCCUAAGUUUUUGUUGUCCAAAGGACGUGAAGACGAAGCCUUGGCUGUAUUGCAAAAGCUCUACCGUGUUAAUCAUGGGUCUGCAAAAGAAGGAAUCUACGAAGUGACUGCUCUCCAAUCCGAGGUCAGCGAAGUGAAGCCUGUAUCUCAAUCAGGUUUGUUAGGAGUUUUGAAAUCUGUGAUAGAUCAAACCCUUCCACUACUGAAGUUUCCAUAUUUAAAGUACUUCUUCGUUUGCUGCGUUCAUAGCGCCAGUGCUUUUACCAUAUACGGUGGAUUAGGACUCUGGUUUCCACAAAUCAUGAAUCAAAUAUCGUCAGACUCCUCAGGUGGAACGGAAAUUUGCUCCGUAUUGCAACAGCAACCUGCACCAGUUAACAUUUCCAGCUCAACGGUCUGCGAAUCCAGCGUUCAACAGGAGACCUUCAUCUACACGGCAAUGCUCGGAGCAUUCGGUGGAAUUUACUGCUUAGCUCUCUCGCUGAUCCUCCGUCGUUUCCGGGGAUCAACGAUGAUGGUUCUGAACAUGAUCAUUGCAGGAGUGGCCGGCAUUUUGCUGCAGUUCUUCACCAACAGCUACUUUGUUGCAGUGCUUUUCUGUGUGGAGAUCAUUUUCGCUGGUAUCUGCGUCAUGCUGGUAAACGCUCAGGCUGUGUCGCUGUUUCCGACUCAGGUGCGAGGAAUGGCCGUUUCUCUUGUCAACAUGGUUGGACGACUUAGUUGCUUCGUCGCAAGUGCUGUCAUAGGUCUUCUGAUGUCGCAGAACUGCCCGGCGACGUUCUACUUCCUGUCGGGCAUGACGUUUGUCAGUGCUGCGGUGACGUUUCUUCUUCCGAAGGAGAAGUGACUGAACGAGCUUCCAAGAAGAUAAAUACGAACUAGUCGAUAAUGACAUAUCACAGUAUUCAUAAAGAUCUGGCGGUAAUAAUCCAAGGAAUCACUACUUAGUAUAUAAGACAUUCCUAAUAUUAGAAGACUGUUUAUAAUCUAAAAAAUGACGUGUGGCAAACAGCAAUUACCCUCUAAGUUUUCGCAUAAUAAAUCCUAGAUAGGAACCUUUGAAAAGAAGACAAA